UCGACGUGCGAAGAGCGUUUGAUUCAAAUCACCGCCGGAACAAUAAUCGCGACGAACGUGAGCCCAAUCGUUAUUACCCUUGGGCGUCCAUAAGAGUCGCUUGCAGAACGGAAGUAAGCUUUCUUCUCGCUGGACUAUUCGGUAUUCGGUCGCUGAAAGAGCGUGGAUAACUUUCGCAGUGUUAUUUUCGGCAAGUGGCAGUGUAACCUUCCGGUCGAUGAAUGUGUUUACCACCUCUGGUAGUUAGUUUGCUGGAGCGGUGACUGCGUGUUUCGCGAACUUUAUGUUCCAGCACGGGCAUGUAAUUGCUAUCACUGCGCGCUAUAAGUAGGUACUCGCGCAGUACACAUUCGGUCGGAGCAAACCAGGACGUGAUGUGAUUUGCAAUAGCAAAUUAGUGACAUUGAAGUGAAUUCGAAGCCGAUGGUGAUGUGAGGCAUUCGAUUGUGUAGGGCUUUAAGCUCGGCGAAGUACUCAGUUGCUCUAAAAUAUAUGAUUGGUGGUUUUUAGUUAUCGUAGCAGUUUAAUGGUCAAGAAAUUACCGUAAUGCAGUUUCAUAAAAUUGUCGAGUUGGAAUAGUGAGAAAUUUAGCCGUUUGAAAUUGUGUUUAGAGUUCUAACACUUGGAAACUCAUUGAGGUGAAAGUUAAUUAAUGGUGUUUUGAAUCCAUUUUAAUUUGGAUGUUUAAAUUUCCUAACCGUCGAAGCGAUCCAGGCUAGUAACCAGACGCGCGCAACUAUUUUGUGUAAGGAGAGAAAAUUCACGGAUGACCGUACGAUCGAAACAGCAGCGUCAGCCACGAUGGCCCACAAAACCGAUGAUUCGUUUAUGAUUGUCAGCAUUUGUCUGGCCGCCGGAAUAGUCAGUUUCGCGCUCGUUUACUUUGUAAGAAAAUACUUCCAAGGUGGCCAAUUCAAAAACAAAGACAUCCGACUAGAUGCCAAAGUAGUCAUCAUCACCGGUGCAAACUCGGGAAUCGGCAAAGCGACUGCUAUCGAAUGUGCCAAGCGGGGAGCUCGAGUCUACAUGGGCUGUCGGGACCCGAUACGAAUGGAAAAAGCCCGACAGGAGAUUCUGGACAAAUCCGGCAGUCAGAACGUGUUUGGCUUGGAACUGGACCUGGCCUCGCUGGAGUCGAUUAGAAAAUUUGUUCGAACCUUCCUGAGUAUGGAACGACGCCUUCACGUACUGAUCAACAACGGCGGUGUGAUGGCAUGUCCAAAAGGAUACACCAAGGAAGGAUUUGAGCUGCAUUUCGGCACCAACCACCUGGGUCACUUCUACCUGACACAUCUUUUACUAGAUCUGCUAAAGAAGACUGCCCCCAGCAGAGUGGUUACGGUGUCUAGUGACGUCCACCGGUGGGGACGUAUCGACAAGGAUGAUAUCAAUUGCGAAAAAGAGUACAGAGAAUGGGAUGCAUAUAUGCAGAGCAAGUUGUGCAAUGUUCUCUUUUCGAGACAUUUGGCUCGAAAGUUACGGGGAACGGGAGUGACGACCUAUUGUUUGCAUCCUGGGACGAUCAAUAGUGAGUUAACGAGGUAUCUCAAUCGAGCCAUGAUGAUCCUAGCGAAGCCCAUUCUGUGGGUGUUCUUCAAAUCGGCCAAAUCGGGUGCCCAAACGACGUUAUACUGCGCGAUGGAGCCAACGAUCGCUGGUAUAAGUGGGAAGUAUUACAGCGACUGUAGAAUGAAAGACCUUGAUCCGCAUGCCAAGGACGAUGCAAUGGCCGAAUGGCUGUGGAAAAUUAGCGAAAAACUGAUCGGACUGAAUCGAUGAGACGCGCAGUUUGCUUCGAAUGGGAAUCAACUGAUUAGUAUUAUUUUUGGGAGAAAAAUCCCGCAUCGACAAACAUAACCUCCGCUGUGCUGAGGUUGAUUCUAGAUUUAAUAAUGUGUAUUCUAAGCAAUACAGUUUGACAGUCAAUAAACGAGAAUAUAUUAUGUAGAA